AUGUUUCAGAACAUUAUUGAUGCCUUUACUGGUGACGGUGAUGGAAAUAAAAAGUUGAAAUGUGGUGGUGGUGAGUGCAAGAAAGUCAAGGGCACUGUUGUGUUGAUGAAGAAGAAUGUUUUGGAUUUCAGUGAUUUCCAAGCAUCUCUUCUUGAUCGUGUUCAUGAGUUGUUAGGCCAACGAGUCUCUCUGCAACUCGUUAGUGCUGUUAACACUGAUCCUUCUGAGAAUGAUUUGAAAGGGAAGCUAGGAAAGCCUGCAUAUUUGGAAGAAUGGAUUACUUCAAUCACUCCUUUAGCCGCGGGCGAGACAGCAUUCAAAGUUACCUUUGAUUGGGAUGAGGAGAUUGGAGUUCCAGGGGCAUUCCUAAUAAGAAACAAUCAUCACAGUGAAUUCUACUUGAAGACUGUCACCCUUGAAGAUGUUCCUGGCCAAGGCCGAGUCCACUUUGUUUGCAACUCAUGGGUUUAUCCCGCAAAACAUUAUAGUAAGGAUCGUAUCUUCUUCACCAACCAGACAUAUAUGCCGCAUGAGACACCAGCAGCACUGCGUAAAUACAGGGAAGAAGAGCUGGUUAAUUUGAGAGGAAAUGGAGAAGGAGAACUCAAGGAAUGGGAUCGCGUCUAUGAUUAUGCUUACUACAAUGAUUUGGGAGAUCCUGACGAGGGUCCAAAGUAUGUCCGCCCUGUUCUUGGUGGGUCUUCUGAGUAUCCUUAUCCUCGUAGGGGCAGAACAGGCCGAGCAGCAACAAAAACAGACCCCAACACAGAGAGCAGGCAGCCACUUCUCAUGAGCUUAGACAUAUAUGUUCCAAGGGAUGAACGAUUCGGUCAUUUGAAGAUGUCAGACUUCCUUGCUUAUGCACUGAAAUCUGUUGCUCAAUUUAUCAAGCCUGAACUGGAAGCAUUAUGUGACGAAACCCCUAAUGAGUUCGACUCGUUUGAUGAUGUAUUGAAACUCUACGAGGGAGGGUUUGAGCUGCCUGAUGGUCCUCUACUAGAUAAUCUUAAGAAAAACAUUCCCUUGGAGAUGCUUAAGGAAAUUUUUAGAACUGAUGGGGAAAACCUUUUCCAAUAUCCAAAGCCUCAAGUGAUUCAAGAUAAUCACUCUGCUUGGAGGACUGAUGAAGAAUUUGGUAGAGAAAUGUUGGCCGGAGUAAACCCUGUUCUCAUUCGUCGUCUUGAGGAAUUCCCUCCCAAAAGCAAGCUAAACAGCAAGCAAUAUGGUGAUCAAAACAGCACAAUAACUGCAGAGCACAUAAAGAAUAAUCUGGAUGGAUUGACCAUAGAUAAGGCAAUCGAGAAGAACAGGAUGUUUAUAUUAGAUCACCAUGAUGCAUUGAUGCCAUACCUGAGGAGGAUAAACACUACUACAACAAAGACUUAUGCCUCGAGGACUCUCCUUUUCUUGAAAGAUGAUGGAACUCUGAAGCCACUUGUAAUCGAGUUAAGCUUGCCUCAUGAUAAGGGAGAUGAAUAUGGAGCCAUUAGCAAAGUCUAUACCCCAGCUGAACAUGGUGUUGAAGGUUCCAUGUGGCAGCUGGCUAAAGCUUAUGUGGGUGUAAACGACUCUGGUUACCAUCAGCUUAUUAGCCAUUUUUUGAACACUCAUGCUGUGAGUGAACCAUUUGUGAUUGCUACAAACAGACAACUCAGUGUGCUUCACCCGAUUUAUAAACUUUUAGAGCCUCACUUUCGCGACACAAUGAACAUAAAUGCGCUUGCCAGACAAACUCUCAUUAAUGCUGGUGGAAUCCUAGAAUCAACAGUUUAUCCUGCAAAGUAUGCCAUGGAAAUGUCAUCAGUAAUUUACAAAAACUGGAAUUUCACUGAGCAAGCACUUCCUGAAGAUCUGAAAAAGAGAGGAGUGGCAAUUGAGGAUCCAAAGGCUCCACAUGGUGUUCGCCUAUUGAUAAAAGAUUAUCCAUAUGCUGUUGAUGGGCUAGAGAUAUGGUUUGCAAUCAAAGAAUGGGUCAAAGAUUACUGCUCUUUCUACUACAAGGAUGAUGGCAUGAUUCAAAAGGAUUCUGAACUACAAUUAUGGUGGAAGGAAGUGAGAGAAGAAGGGCAUGGUGACCUGAAAGAUGCUACCUGGUGGCCAAAGAUGCAGACUCGUGAAGAUUUAAUAGAUUCAUGUACCAUAAUCAUAUGGGUGGCUUCUGCCCUUCAUGCAGCUGUUAAUUUUGGUCAGUACCCCUAUGCAGGCUAUCUUCCCAAUCGUCCAACCGUAAGCCGUAGGUUCAUGCCUAAGGAAGGCUCUCCUGAGUAUGAAGAGCUCAAGUCGAAUCCUGAUAAGGCUUUCUUGAAAACAAUCACUGCUCAGUUGCAAACACUUCUUGGCAUUUCCCUUAUAGAAAUUUUGUCCAGGCAUUCCUCAGAUGAGGUAUAUCUUGGGCAGCGAGACACUCCUGACUGGACAGCAGACAAAGAACCAUUGAAUGCGUUUGAGAAAUUUGGAAAGAAACUGGCAGAUAUCGAGGACAGGAUGUUUGAUAUGAACAAAGAUGCAAAAUUGAAGAAUCGUGUUGGCCCAGUAAAGAUGCCAUACACUUUGUUGGUUCCUACCAGUGAAGGUGGGCUCACCGGAAGGGGAAUUCCUAACAGUAAUCUGACUCCAUCCACAUCUAUUGGGGGAGGGAGGCUGUUGUACGUUCAACUUGCACCUCAAGAGCUAAUUUUGAGCACCACACAUGAUGUUCUUUCCAACAGUACACCUCCUUAG